AUCGACAAUACAUUGACCCCUUUAAAGGUCAUUGUACCAAAGAGACAAACAUGGCCACGGACACGAGUGUGGAAGUGGAUUCUGCUGUUGAAAUUACGCCUCCUGAUACAACGUAUACUAUAGAAAUUCUGCAGCUCCUUAAAGAAACCCAACAACAACAUGGUCUGCGUCAUGGUGAUUACCAGAGAUACAGAGGUUACUGUUCUCGAAGGUUGCGUAGAAUGCGCAAAUCCCUAAAAUUUCUGCAAGGCAGAAGAGGUAAGCCUAAAUUUGUAAAACGUGAAAUCACAGAAGAAAUAAUUACAGAUGUAAGGUUUCUCUACUUACCACUGAUUCAUGCUGAGAGGGCAUGGGGUCAUGCCAUGCAGUUGAAGCAGGAAGCCAACACAGAGCCUAGGAAAAGAUUCCAUCUCACCGCUAGGCUAUGCAAGGCUGUUAAGUAUGCUGAAGAGCUGGAAGUACUAUCUCAAAGCUCAAAAUGUGAUGCUAGAUCAAAAUUGGAAGCUCAGGCUUAUCAUGCCUGGAUGAGAGGAACAUUGUUAUUUGAGAGAGAGAAGUGGCAAGAUUGUAUAGAAGCAUUUACCACUGCUAAAACAAUAUAUGAGAAACUGGCAGGAGCACUGAAUGAGGAGCAACGUGCUAUUUACGCACAGCGUGUGGAAGAAAUAGCGCCAAACAUCAGAUACUGUGCAUACAACAUUGGGGAUGAGAGUGCCAUCAACGACCUUAUGCAAAUGAGGGUCAAAUCUGGAGGAGAGAUGUCAUCAAAUCUUGAUAUCCUACUUGCUCAAACAAGAGAGAAACAGGCUGCAACUCUGAGCGAGGUGACCUGGCGAGGACGCACAGUUCCAGUAAAAUCUGAGCAGAUUCGUGGAUUCUUUUUAAGUGUUCAGGAGAGCGACAAAGAAGUUGCAGCCGCUGAGGAUGUUGAGAGUAAGAUUUCUGUGUACGAGAGUCUACUUAUGGGAUGUAAAGAUGCGCUCCAGAUACUCAGGGAUGAAUUGAAAACAGAUGCAAAUUUCAAGCAGAGAACUCAACGUGCAGAGAGUCAGGUUUCAGGUCUGCAGUACCUGUACACUUACGUAAUGUACAUACGCCACACGAAAACCAUUGAACGCAAUAUGCUACUAGCUGAGUCCCUAAAAGAAAACCUUGUUGGUAGUCCAACUUUCACCGAGAACCGCAAAGUUACAAAGCCGCAAGACUUGAUUAGGAUAUAUGACAUUAUACUUCAGAGUCUUGGAGAGUUGCCGACGUUACCAGGCCUUGAAAACGAUGAAGACAUUCAGCUGGAGGUAGAGGCUAAGACCUUGAAGGGCAAAGCAUUUAGGUGUUUCUAUUUGGCGCAGUCGUAUGCUUCCGUCAAGAAAUGGAGAGAAACAUCUGCUCUCUAUGAGAGAGUGGUAACAUACAUCACUGAAGCUGAAGAGACUUUCAAGAAAAUUAGGACAAAACCAACGAAAGCUGAUCUAGACGAACUCAAGGAGCUACUAGAAACUGUGAAAGGACUAAAAUAUUCUGCGCACGCUUCCUCAAUUUUAGAUUCGGAGUUACCAACAGCUAGUCUUGCAAAUUUGGAAAUAUCCGACAGUUGUCCGUUACUAGAGCGACUUGAAAAGUAUCAGGAGGAAGAGAGUAUAUCUGUCAAAAACCCAAACCUGGUGACAUUUCCUCCGGAUUUCCAACCCACCCCACAGAAGCCAGUCUUCUUCGAUAUCGCUCUUAAUCAUGUGGAGUUUCCGUCGCUGGAUGAGAAACAGGAACAGAACAAAGGAGCAGGGGGCAUCGGUGGUUUCCUCAGGGGUUGGUGGGGUGGAAAUAAGUAAAUUCAUGCAUCUGCUGCCUGCAAAGCACUUUGUUCAGUGUUUAACGUCCCCAAGAUAUUUUUUGGGAGGAAUUUUAUCUCAUUUAUGUUUCUGACUCCCUUUCUGUAUCUUCUCAGUUUUGUGUCAUUUGAGGAAAAAUGAUGAAUUUAACAUUGUUUUAAAACCAUGUAAAUUCCUAAUGGUGAAUGUUGAUUUAUGUUUUUCUUUCUUUUUUCUUUUUUUUUUGGCCUCCAUUUUAAUUUUUCUCUUCACGAAAGAUGCAUGUAUUGACAUAUUUAUUUUGUAUAGCCUGAAAUUACAUUCACUGAUAACUGUUCAAGUUUUGGAAUGACCAAUAGGGUGAAACUAUAAACAUUUCAUCUAUGUUAUGUUAUGUGUUAGAUUGGUAUACUGCAGUACAGAAUACCAGUCUCUGUUCCCUUAUAUUAUCCUCAUGAUUAGAUGCAUUGUACAACAGUUGGACAACAUGUGCAAUUUUCCAUUAUUGUACAUCAUUACAGUAUUAAUGCCAGCAGAACCACAAAAAAUAUAUACAUGAUCUGUUACAAAUUUAUUUAACAGGGCAAGAAUGUGCGUCAGACUAUGAUCUCCCAGAUUAGUAUAUUAUUGCUUAUAAGCAAAAAAAUCCCUGUUCCGCUAUAGCCAGUAUCUGAAUGAUUCGAUAAGGGAGUAAAAAUUUAUACAAACUAUGGUCAGUUUACUAGGAUCAGCAGCUCUAGUUACACUAUUUAUAUUAAAUCAUUACAAUAUAACCAAACAAAUCACCAAUUUGUGCUAUAUAAUUAAUUUAAAUUUUUUAACAAUAUCUGUAGGGUGUAAUGUUUUACAGGUGCUAUAUUUGGUUGUUAUUAUAUUACUAAAGAAAUUAUUUUUUAAGUAUGUAAUUUGCUGCUAAGUGGAUCAUGCGGCUUCCACUUUAGUGGUACCAGUGGUGGCGCCAGGUUUUGCCAAUGUCUCCGAUGGAGAACAUGAGUAGGGUGGGGCCAGAGAGAACCAAUAACCCUGCUGUGUCAAGUGGACAAAUUUCCAGCAAACUUUAGAGAUUUGCAAAUGAUUUUUUUUUGUUUUUUCCCCACAGGGGUCCAGCCCCACCCCCUCCCCUGGUGCCGCCACUAGGUAGCAUCAUUGAGCUACACGUCUAUGUGAUUAUAUGUUAUGUCGUCAUGUAUGCUCAUGACCUUACAAUACUGAAUAACAAUAAACUCAUUUGAUUUUAUUUCAUUCAAA